UGGUAAAAAUACCUAAUAAAAGCGUUUCUGUAGUGCGUUAAGGUUUGCAGAGCCCUCCAAAAGGAUUUCAUUUGAUCUUCAUAGCAACCUUGGAAGGCAGUUGCCAACAGAGAGGCACCUGGAAGCUUCUCCCCAUUUCUGUCGGGCCUCCCUACUCCUGGGUCCCUUCCAGAGCAUAGCAGAUGGAGAGGGUAGCGGCAAAGAAGACAGAGAGGUGUCCUUUAGAAGAAGGUAAAGAGGAGCCGGAGAAAGGCGACGACGCCUCCCAGGAGGAAGAAGAGGAAAGCAGGAAGAAGAGACCCCGGACCGAGAAGGCAGAGACAGACAGCAACUUGGCUGAGGGCUACCACUGGCAGAAGAUUCAGGCCGAGAGCCUGGACUGUGACUAUACAGUCCUAUUCAGCCGGGAGGAGGCGGACACCCUGCUGCAGACCCUGGAAAAAGAAGUGGAAUAUUUUGAAGGCGAUCUUUCCAGAGUGCACGUGUAUGGGAAGUGGCACCGGAUCCCGAGGAAGCAGGCCACUUACGGGGACGAGGGGCUGACCUACACCUUUGCGGGCCUCACCCUGUCUCCAAAGCCCUGGAUCCCAGUCCUGGAGCACAUUCGAGACCGUGUGACCGACGUGACCGGGCACGCCUUCAAUUUUGUGCUUAUCAACAGAUACAAAGACGGCUGCGAUCACAUUGGUGAGCACCGCGAUGACGAGCGAGAACUGGCUCCCAAGAGUCCCAUCGCCUCCGUCUCCUUCGGAGCCUGCCGAGACUUCUUCUUUCGGCACAGAGAUUCCCGGGGGAAGGAGCCCUCCCGGCCCGUGGAGGUGGUGAAGCUGCAGCUGGCCCACGGGAGCCUCCUCAUGAUGAACCACCCCACCAACAUCCACUGGUACCAUAGUCUCCCCGUCAGGAAAGGGAUCCUGGCUCCCCGGGUCAAUCUGACAUUCCGUAACAUUGUCUUCUCUAAAAGAUAAGUGCUUCUCUUAACGCUCAUCAAGUCUUGAUCUUUUUGACUGAAAAAUCAAUUUUCCUUACAGUUCCGUGUCAAAAAGGGUAAAUUGACUUUUCAGACUGUUAACUGUAUGUGAAAUAAAGCACAGUAGCCAACCUAGAAUGGAAACUUUAAAAAAGAAUGAAGCCGCACGUGUUGAUUUAUUAAAGGACUGUCGUCUCCCA